AAGAUUUUGUGCCUAUCAUGUUUUGUUGGUCUGGGUACCUUUGUAAGUCCACAGAUCUUUUCUUCUUUUUUUUUUAUCAUGGGCUUAAACGAGAGUCGAGACUCUCUCAAAUCUCAGCUCAGCGACUUCCCAAUCAGGCAAUCAGUCAAAAAGAUACAAAUCCUCCAAAUAACAGAACCAAAACGAGAAUGAGAAAGAGGCGCUGAGAAGGAGUAAAAUUGAAUUGCAUUGCAAAAAUAAAUAAAUAAAGAAAACAUGUCCAGACGAAACCACCACCGCGAAAUCCAAGUCCCACUCUCCCGAAUCGAAGACCGUCGUGGUGGUCUCCUCCUCCACGGUAGUAGGUCCCACCACCCACACUCGUUGAUCCUCGAAGACCGCAUCGCCAUCCAACACCGCGAGAUCCAAUCCCUCCUCGGCGAUAACCAACAGCUCGCCUCCGCACACGUGGCACUCAAACACGACCUCUCCGCUGCUCAGCACGACCUUCGCGUCUUAUCGGUCACCGCCUCCGAUAUCAAGGCCGAGAGAGACGCUGAAAUCAGAGACGUCUACGAGAGGUCCUUGAAGCUCGACGCCGAGGCUCGAGCCGUCGAUGCUAUGACGUCAGAGCUCGCUCGUGUCCAAGCUGACUUGCAUCAAUUCGGCUCGGCGCGCCAGGACCUCACGGCGCAGCUUCAGGCCCUCGAGGACGACCUUGCGAGGGUUCGUGAGGACUCGCAGGAGGUUCCGGAGAUUAAGGCCGAGAUUGAGAUCAUGCGCAAGGAAAUUCAGAGAGGAAGGGCUGCUAUUGAAUAUGAGAAGAAAACGCGUGUUAGUAACCUUGAGCAAAGGAAGGUAAUGGAGAGAAGUAUGAUUUCCAUGGCUAAUGAAAUUGAAAAACUACAUGCAGAGCUAGCUAAUGCUGAGAAGAGAGCAAGAGCUGCAGUUGCUGCAGCCACAGCAGCAAACCCAAGUCCUGGAUAUACUACAAGCUAUGGUAAUCCUGAUAUGGCAUAUGGAGGAAAUUCAUACCCUGAUCCCUAUGGCAUUAAUAAGGUUCAAGGUGCUGCUAAUGCUGGUCCUCAAUUCGUUUCUGGAGCAAUCCUGAAUGGCCCUUAUGACACACAACAAACACAUGUACAUAGAUAGGCUUUAGUGCGAAAUAGAAAUAAUAAGGAUUCAAACAAAUUUUUUAUCUGGCCACUAAGAGGUCAUAUUGCCUGAGCUCUAGCCAAAAAAAAAUUUAGAGUUGAUUUCUUUUUGGUAGUUAGUUGAUAUUGUCUUUAUGGCUUCUUAUUACAUAGCAUAUGCAUAUCUUCCUUAAAGAGAUAAGUUGCAUCUAUAUUAUCCCAUUUCUUUU